AUGAGCUACCCUCCAGGAAUGCCCCUCCCGCCUCCGGGCAUGUCAAUGUCGAUGUCCCUACCUCCUGGCAUACCACCUCCACCUCCUGGUAUGCCGUUGCCCGCAGGGCCGAGCGAGCAGAACUUCCGCAUGCCCCCAGAAGUCAUUGCGCAGAAGUCACAGAAGUGGAUUCAAAUGCAGAAAAAGCGGUAUGGCGAAAAGCGCAAGGGUGGGUUCGUUGACAUGGGUAAACAGGAUCUCCCUCCGGAGCAUGUCCGAAAAAUCAUUAAGGAUCAUGGCGACAUGAGCAAUCGCAAAUUCAGAAAUGACAAGCGCGUGCACCUUGGUGCUUUGAAGUAUGUUCCACACGCGGUGAUGAAGUUGCUCGAAAACAUUCCCUAUCCUUGGGAGCAAGUGCGCGAAGUGCCGGUUCUUUACCACAUAACUGGCGCCAUUACCUUCGUGAACGAGAUCCCGCGCGUCAUAGAACCGGUCUAUCAUGCCCAGUGGAGCAGUAUGUGGCUUGCUAUGCGUCGGGAGAAACGCGACCGGAGACAUUUCAAACGUAUGCGUUUCCCACCUUUUGACGACGAAGAGCCUCCCCUUGACUAUGGCGACAACGUGUUGGAUGUGGAACCAUUGGAAGCUAUUCAACUGGAGCUUGACGAAGAGGAGGACGCAGCAAUCUCCAACUGGUUCUAUGAUCCGAAGCCGUUGGUGGAUACGCCUUUCGUCAAUGGUGCCUCAUACCGCUACUGGUCGCUAACUCUUCCUGUCAUGGCCAAUUUAUAUCGCCUUGGCCGGACGUUGUUGUCAGAUCACGCAGACGGCAACUCUAGCUAUCUCUUCGACAAGAGGUCUUUCUUCACUGCAAAGGCUUUGAACAUGGCGAUCCCUGGUGGCCCGAAGUUCGAGCCGCUGUAUAGGGAUAUGGACACUUUUGACGAGGAUUGGAACGAGUUCAACGACAUCAACAAGGUCAUCAUUCGUCAACAGAUUAGAACCGAAUAUAAGGUCGCAUUUCCUCAUCUCUACAACUCUCUUCCUCGUUCCGUCCAUAUCUCUCCUUACCACAGUCCGAAAAACGUGUAUAUUCGCACGGAUGAUCCCGACUUGCCCGCCUUCUACUUCGAUCCCCUCAUCAAUCCAAUAUCACUUCGUGGAUUUACCCCCAAGAAUGCACCGUUAGAAAGCCACGAAGACAUGAUAUUCGGGCCGAACGAUGCUGACGACGACGAUUUCGAGCUCGCACAAGAUCUUGAGCCAUUCCUUGAGGAGAAGCUGCUGGAGAAUGAUCUUACCGCUGACGCCAUUGCCCUCUGGUGGGCGCCUGAUCCCUACAGCCGUCGUUCGGGACGUAUGCGACGAGCGCAGGAUAUACCACUCGUCAAGAACUGGUACCUCGAGCAUUGCCCUCCCGGUCAGCCCGUGAAAGUUCGCGUCUCAUACCAGAAGCUGCUGAAGUGUUACGUGUUGAACGAGUUGAAGACGCGGCCGGAAAGGGCCAUGACGAAGAAGAACCUCUUCAGACAGCUGAAGGCGACCAAGUUCUUCCAAACGACGCGUCUUGAUUGGGUUGAAGCUGGCCUGCAAGUGUGCAGACAAGGCUACAAUAUGUUAAACCUCCUUAUUCACCGUAAAAAUCUAAACUAUCUUCAUCUGGAUUACAACAUGAAUCUCAAGCCGGUCAAGACGCUGACAACAAAGGAACGCAAGAAGUCUCGCUUCGGAAAUGCCUUCCACCUGUGUCGCGAGAUCCUGCGUCUCACCAAGCUCGUGGUCGACGCACAUGUACAGUUUCGUCUUGGCAACGUUGACGCGUUCCAACUCGCGGACGCGCUGCAGUAUAUUUUCGCACAUAUCGGUGCAUUGACGGGCAUGUAUAGAUAUAAGUACAAGUUGAUGCGUCAAGUGCGAAUGACGAAAGAUCUGAAGCAUCUGAUCUAUUAUCGUUUCAACACCGGUCCAGUCGGUAAGGGUCCUGGCUGUGGUUUCUGGGCGCCAGGAUGGCGCGUGUGGCUUUUUUUCAUGCGAGGUAUUGUGCCGCUGCUGGAGAGGUGGCUUGGCAACCUUUUGGCUCGUCAGUUUGAGGGCCGAAACAGCAAGGGUAUUGCGAAGACCGUGACGAAGCAGCGUGUCGAAUCACACUAUGAUCUGGAACUCCGUGCGGCAGUCAUGCACGACAUUCUGGACAUGAUGCCGGAAUCCAUCAAGCAGAACAAAUCCAAGACGAUCUUGCAGCAUCUUUCGGAGGCGUGGCGUUGCUGGAAGGCCAACAUUCCUUGGAAGGUUCCCGGUAUGCCGACUGCGAUCGAGAAUAUCAUUCUGCGGUAUAUCAAGAGCAAGGCCGAUUGGUGGUGCUCAGUAGCCCACUACAACCGCGAGCGUAUUAGACGUGGUGCUACUGUCGACAAGGCGGUGGUGAAGAAGAACUUGGGACGGCUGACUCGCCUUUAUCUAAAGGCUGAGCAGGAGAGACAGCAUGGAUAUCUGAAGGAUGGACCGUAUAUCAGUGCUGAAGAGGCCGUAGCAAUCUACACGGCAACCGUGCAUUGGUUGGAAAGUCGCAAGUUCUCACCCAUCCCUUUCCCUCCACUCAAUUACAAGCAUGAUACCAAGCUGCUUGUUCUUGCUCUCGAGAAACUGAAGGAGGCAUACUCAGUGAAAGGACGUUUGAACCAAUCCCAACGAGAGGAGCUUGCACUCAUUGAGCAGGCGUAUGAUAAUCCACACGAAUGUCUUUCUCGUAUCAAACGACUUCUAUUGACGCAGCGUGCAUUUAAGGAGGCUGGUAUCGAGUUCUUCGAUACAUAUGACAAGCUCAUCCCUUGCUAUGACAUUGAGCCCGUCGAGAAGAUUACAGACGCUUACUUAGACCAAUUCCUGUUCUUUGAGGCGGAUAAGCGAGGACUCUUCCCGGCAUGGAUCAAGCCGGCAGACACUGAACCGCCGCCAUUGCUUGUAUACAAGUGGUGUCAAGGAAUCAACAACUUGACAGACAUAUGGGAGACCAGCGACGGCGAAUGCAACGUUCUAAUGGAGACUGUCUUGUCGAAAGUCUAUGAGAAGAUUGACUUGACGCUCCUCAACCGGCUGUUGCGACUUAUCUUGGACCACAAUCUUGCGGAUUACAUCACCGCGAAGAAUAACACAGUUCUCACGUACAAGGAUAUGGCACACACGAACGCAUAUGGAAUGAUCCGCGGCUUGCAAUUCUCUGCCUUUGUAUUCCAGUACUACGGCUUGGUCCUCGACCUGUUAAUUCUUGGUCUCCAGCGUGCGAGCGAAAUGGCGGGGCCUCCGCAGAUGCCAAACAAUUUCUUACAGUAUCGCGACUCUGCAACUGAGACCCGUCAUCCGAUCCGGUUGUACUCGCGUUACGUCGAUCGUCUUCAUAUACUCUUCCGCUUCACCGCAGAAGAGUCCCGGGACCUCAUCCAGCGGUAUCUCAGUGCAAAUCCCGACCCAACCAACAAUAACGUCAUCGGCUACAAUAACAAGCGGUGCUGGCCUCGAGACUGUCGUAUGCGAUUGAUCAAGCACGACGUCAAUCUGGGACGUGCCGUGUUCUGGAAUGUCAAGCAGAGUCUUCCGCGUUCCUUGACGACGAUUGAAUGGGAGGAGACUUUUGUUAGCGUUUAUUCGAAGGACAACCCUCAGCUUCUGUUCUCGAUGUGUGGGUUCGAGGUUCGUAUUCUGCCGAAAAUCCGAACGAUGAGCGGGGAACAGUUCUCGCUGAAGGACGCAGUAUGGAACUUGACAAACGAGCAGUCGAAGGAGCGCACUGCUCAGGCGUUCCUUCGAGUAUCGGACGAAGGUGUCCAGCAGUUCAACAAUAGGAUCCGGCAAGUGUUGAUGAGUUCCGGUUCUACCACUUUUUCGAAAAUCGUCAAUAAGUGGAACACUGCACUUAUCGGAUUGAUGACAUAUUACCGUGAAGCUGUCAUCCAUACCAAUGAACUACUCGAUUCUCUUGUUAAGGCAGAGAACAAGAUUCAAACUCGCGUCAAGAUUGGUUUGAACAGCAAGAUGCCAUCGCGUUUUCCGCCAGUAGUGUUUUAUACGCCGAAGGAACUUGGGGGCUUAGGUAUGCUUUCCAUGGGCCAUGUGCUUAUCCCUCAGAGUGACCUUCGGUGGUCGAAGCAAACUGACGUUGGAGUUACCCACUUUCGAGCGGGGAUGUCGCACGAAGAGGAUCAGCUUAUCCCGAACCUCUACAGAUACCUCCAGCCGUGGGAGGCCGAGUUCCUGGAUUCCGCUCGCGUGUGGUCCGAAUAUUCGAUGAAGCGCAAAGAAGCCAACGCGCAGAAUCGUCGUCUGACGUUGGAAGAUCUUGAGGAUAGUUGGGACCGCGGCAUCCCUCGGAUCAACACCUUGUUCCAGAAGGAUCGUCAUACGUUGGCUUACGAUCGUGGUUGGCGUGUACGCACAGACUGGAAGCAGUAUCAACUGCUGAAGCACAACCCUUUCUGGUGGACUUCUCAAAGACAUGACGGCAAGUUGUGGCAAUUGAACAAUUAUCGCGUUGAUGUCAUCGCCGCGCUCGGUGGUGUCGAGGGUAUACUUGAACACACUCUGUUCAAGGGAACCUAUUUUCCGACGUGGGAAGGUCUCUUCUGGGAGAAGGCAUCCGGUUUCGAGGAGUCGAUGCGCUACAAGAAAUUGACAAAUGCGCAACGUUCCGGUCUCAAUCAAAUUCCGAACCGUCGAUUCACACUCUGGUGGAGCCCGACCAUCAACCGCGCUAACGUCUACGUCGGUUUCCAGGUGCAACUGGAUCUCACCGGAAUCUUCAUGCACGGUAAAAUCCCCACGUUGAAGAUCAGUUUGAUCCAAAUAUUCCGUGCGCACUUGUGGCAGAAAAUCCAUGAGAGUGUUGUCAUGGAUUUGUGUCAAGUUUUCGAUCAAGAGCUUGAGCCGUUGCAAAUUGAGACUGUUCAGAAAGAAACUAUUCAUCCUCGCAAAAGUUACAAGAUGAAUUCCUCGUGCGCUGAUAUUCUGUUAUUCUCUGCGUACAAGUGGAACAUAUCGAGACCUUCGCUUGUCACCGAUAGUAAAGAUGUGCUAGACGGCACUACCAGUAACAAGUAUUGGAUUGACGUGCAACUACGGUGGGGUGAUUUCGACACCCACGAUAUUGAGCGAUAUACUCGCGCGAAGUUCCUGGACUACAUCUCUGACUCUAUGAGCAUCUAUCCCUCGCCGACAGGUGUCAUGAUUGGCAUGGAUCUUGCAUAUAACCUUUGGUCCGCUUACGGUAACUGGUUCCCGGGGAUGAAGCCUCUCGUCCAGCAAGCCAUGGCAAAAAUCAUGAAAGCAAACCCCGCCUGUCACGUCUUGCGAGAACGCAUUCGGAAGGGUUUGCAGCUGUAUUCUUCAGAGCCGACUGAGCCGUACCUGAACAGUCAGAACUAUUCUGAGCUGUUCUCCAACCAGAUCAUUUGGUUUGUCGACGAUACGAACGUGUACCGCGUCACCAUACACAAGACCUUUGAAGGUAACUUGACAACGAAACCAAUCAAUGGUGCUAUCUUCAUCUUUAACCCUCGUUCCGGCCAACUCUUCUUGAAAAUCAUCCACACCAGUGUAUGGGCUGGUCAGAAGCGUCUAGGUCAGCUUGCGAAGUGGAAGACUGCAGAGGAAGUGGCUGCACUGGUUAGGUCUUUGCCGGUGGAGGAGCAGCCGAAGCAGGUGAUCGUCACUCGGAAGGGCAUGCUUGAUCCCCUCGAGGUUCACUUGCUCGACUUCCCCAACAUCGUCAUCAAGGGUAGUGAAUUGCAGCUGCCUUUCCAGGCGUGCAUGAAGAUGGAGAAGUUCGGUGAUCUUAUCUUGCGCGCGACUCAACCGCAGAUGGUUCUCUUCAAUUUGUAUGACGAUUGGUUGAAAUCCAUUUCUAGUUACACAGCGUUCUCGCGUCUUAUCCUGCUACUCCGUGGUCUUCAUGUCAACAAUGAAAAGGCGAAGAUUGUUCUUAGACCGGACAAGAACACAAUCACUGAGCCUCACUUUGUCUGGCCGUCUCUGAGCGACGAAGAUUGGAUCAAAGUGGAAGUUGCAUUGAAGGACCUUAUUCUCGCUGACUUUGGUAAAAGGAACAGCGUCAACAUUGCUUCCCUCACAGCAAGUGAAAUUAGGGACAUUAUUCUGGGACAAGAGAUUGCUGCGCCUUCCGUGCAGCGACAGCAGAUGGCGGAGUUGGAGAAGAGCUCCGAGGCACAAGGCCAGGUCACGGCAGUACAAACUCAAACGACAAAUAUCCAUGGCGAUGCCAUCCAAACCGUUACAACUACGAACUAUGAACAGCAGGUGUUCAGUAGCAAGUCCGAUUGGCGGGUGCGAGCUAUCUCUGCGACACACCUACCCCUCCGACUUCAGCACAUCUACGUCUCCAAUGACGAUGUUAGGGACGACGCUGCAUCUUUCACUUAUGUCCUUCCGAAGAAUAUCUUGCGCGCGUUUGUUACUGCAGCUGACCUUCGCACACAAGUCGCUGCAUUCCUAUAUGGCGUUUCCCCUCCUGACAACAAGCAAGUGAAGGAGAUUAGAGCCGUCGCAUGGGUUCCACAGCGUGGCAAUAACAACAGCGUUGAGUUGCCAUCGCAGCUGCCAAGGGACGACUUCUUACUGAAGGAUCUGGAACCUCUUGGUUGGAUCAAAACGCAAGCAUUGGAACUGUCGCAUCUAUCGCCGACGGACGUCACGACUCAAGCAAAGCUGAUGGCUGACCAUCCAGAGUGGGGCUCGUCAUCCAUUUGUUUGACUUGCGCCUUCACACCUGGUUCCGUAUCGUUGUCCUCGCAUUCUCUGACUGUCGCUGGAUUUGAAUGGGGGAGGAAAAAUGCAGAUACUUCACCCAACCCACCGGGUUUCAAUCCUAACAUGUCGGAACGUGUGCAGCUCUUGUUGUCCGAUCGUAUACUUGGCAUGACACUGGUCCCCGAGGGUCGUGUGUGGAACUACGGUAUUGGUCUCACGCAGUUGUGGUCACCUACUCUCAGCUACUCAAUGACGCUUGACACCCCAUUACUGUUCUGGGCGGAGGAGCAUCGACCCGCCGCUUUCCUUUCGUUUGCCAACCUUGAGGCCGGAGACGACAGCGCUGAUGUCGAGAAUAGCUUUGCAUAA